CAGCUCCUGUCCUUCCUGAUCAUGUGACAUCACCACAGUGAGGGAUGUUAAAGGGGUUUGAUCUGAACAUUAAGACUCCAUUCAGCAGCGAGCACCUCAUCAGGGCAUCACCAUGGUAACCGUGUCAGUCGUGUUCCUCCUGCUCUCAGCCUUUUCUCCUCCAGGCCACAGCCGCCUCACUACCUUCCAUCUCAUUCCGGUUCACAUGAAUCAGACUGAGGCUCGGGCAGCUUGCAGAGAAAAUUACACUGACCUCGUCACUCUGUACUCUGAUGAAGACAACACUGAACUGGAGAGUAUGAUGGCUGGUCUCUGUAACGGCUGGAUCGGUCUCUAUCGCGGUCAGUCCAGUGAGAAAUGGUCUAAUGAUGAUCCUGUAACAUUCAGAAAUCUGGCAGGGGAUUGUGGGACAUCGACCUGCUGCACUGCUAUGAAGGCUGAUGGGGCAUGGGAAAGUCUUCAGUGCACAGGGACGAGAUAUUUCAUGUGCUAUGAACAAGCUGCUUCUUCACAGACUCCUAAUUAUCAUCUAAUCCUUGAGAGUAAGACCUGGUAUGAAGCUCAGCGUUACUGCAGGGGGAACUACACUGACCUGGUCAGCAUCAGAGAUCAGCAGCAAAAUGAAGAGGUGAAGAUUAAAGGGUUAAACAGCAACAUGCCCUUCUGGAUCGGCCUGCUGCGUGAUGACUGGCAAUGGACUGAGGGAGGAAACUCCGCCUACAGAAACUGGGAGCACAAUGAACCUCAGCCAUCAUCACGACCAAACGACUGUGUAGCACUGAAAAAAGGAGAAAAAUGGCAUUCAGUGCCGUGCAGUAAUAAUCACUACGCUCUGUGCUACAACACCUUUUCUCCUCCAGUCCACAGCCGCCUCACUACCUUCCAUCUCAUUCCGGGUGAAAUGAAUCAGACUGAGGCUCGGGCAGCUUGCAGAGAAAAUUACACUGACCUCGUCACUGUGUACUCUGAUGAAGACAACACUGAACUGGAGAAUAUGAUGGCUGGUGUCUGUAACGGCUGGAUCGGUCUCUAUCGCGGUCAGUCCAGUGAGAAAUGGUCUAAUGAUGAUCCUGUAACAUUCAGAAAUCUGACAGGGGAUUGUGGGACAUCGACCUGCUGCACUGCUAUGAAGGCUGAUGGGGCAUGGGAAAGUCUUCAGUGCACAGAGAAGAGAUAUUUCAUGUGCUAUGAACAAGCUGCUUCUUCACAGACUCCUAAUUAUCAUCUAAUCCUUGAGAGUAAGACCUGGUAUGAAGCUCAGCGUUACUGCAGGGGGAACUACACUGACCUGGUCAGCAUCAGAGAUCAGCAGCAAAAUGAAGAGGUGAAGAUUAAAGGGUUAAACAGCAACAUGCCCUUCUGGAUCGGCCUGCUGCGUGAUGACUGGCAGUGGACUGAGGGAGGAAACUCCGCCUACAGAAACUGGGCGAGUGGUCAUCCUCAGCAAUCAGCAAACUGUGUAGCACUGACUGGAGGAAAAUGGCAUUCAGUGCCGUGCAGUAGUAAUCACUCUGCUCUGUGCUACAACACUUCCAUCCAUGUGAGUGAUGUGGCUCUGAGCUGGGAGAAAGCGCUGGAUUACUGUGAUAAAGAGAACAGGGCUGGGUUUUGGCAGAUUGAGUCUAAAGCUGAACAGGAAAAAUUGGAGUUUGAGCUCAGGAGGAGGCGUGUCUCUCAGCCUGUGUGGGUGGGGCUUAGACAGAGCCUUCUCUUCGGGUUCUGGAUUUGGGCCGAUGGGAAGGCUGUGUUUCCGUACGCCAACUGGGAUGAAGGGAAACAGCCCGAGCAUCAGCUCUCUGAGCACUGCGGCGCUGUCGUUCCACAGACAAACUACACAUGGAGAGAUAAGAACUGUCAGUCUCACUACAGAGCUCUGUGUCACACAGAUGGUUCUUUGGGUACUUAGGGGUUCUCUGAUUCUGUAGGUGUUUUAUUUGGAAUUCUGUCUGAAAGGGAAACUCUUCUAUUGUAUGGUUCUGUACAGGAGCUUUAACGGUUCUCCUCCAAGAGACAGCCACAGAUUCUAGAGUUCUAACCAUUUUAUUCUAAUACUGAACUAACUACCUGUUCUCUCUCUCUCUCUCUCUCUCUCUCUCUCUCUCUCUCUGUUUAUGAAGAUGUGAAUGGUUUAUGAAUAGAUGCUAAUGUUCUACGUGUUAAUUUCCUGUUGCUGUUUCAGAUGUAGCUGCUGUGGUUUGGGGAGUUUGGUUUAGACUGAAUGUAGCAUGUUGAUUAAAAAACUACUUUAUAUAUUUUAUCUUCCAUUUCUUCUGAAUGAAACUGGAUUUAUUUGAUAAGCUUUUUCAGUAAUGAUGUACAAUAAAUACUGUAAUUUUUCUGUUCAUAAUAAAGGUUCGAUCAAAGGCGA